ACCACCAACAAUGCUGAUCUCUCAAAAGCAUCUCGAGCGUUGCGCCCUCCUUUGAGGACCGGCCUCGAGCCCUCUUUUUCUGGGACCAACUACCGGUCGCAAAACUCAUUUCGUCAUUGGGGAGAAGGAAAAAACUGGGUGUCGCGAUUCGAUCAUCAAUUGAGAGAGAGGAAUCAUGAAUGAGAAAAUGAAUUCCAGACAAGCGAGCGAGCACGGCGGCAAAGUUUCUAGACGCAGCACUAGAACCUUUGUCGAGGAGGAGCAGCAGCAGCAGCAAAAGAACGGCCAGGAGUCGCGAACUUCGAGCGGGGACGAAAUGGAUGUCGAGAUGGUCAAAGGAGGAGGAGAGUUUAGAGCUACGAAUGUGGCUGUCGUCUUCAGACCCGUGGCUGUGGAUCUUGGGAUGGAUGUUACCGACCUAUUUCCUGCUAGAUUGGAGGAUCGUGAUAAGCAAGUUUUGGCCGUUCUCCAGGGCGCGAAAGCCUCGACUAAGUCGAAGACUGAUGAGAGACCUAUCAAUUUUGGCAAGGUCAUUCCGGGUGUCUAUCGCAGCUCAUUUCCAGGAGAAGAAGACUUCAACUACCUCAAGACACUAGGUCUGAAGACCGUUCUCUCUCUCGUAAAGAAGGACUUUCCUCCCGAGUUCGAGGCCUUCAUGAAGCAAAAUGGCAUCCGUCACUAUGUCAUCGACAUGCAAGGCACCAAGAAAGUCGACAUUCCUGAAGAGAUCAUGAACUCUAUCAUGGAAAUCGUUCUCGAGAAGAAGAAUCACCCACUUCUUAUCCAUUGUAACCACGGCAAGCACCGAACCGGAUGUGCAGUAGCAGUCAUGCGCCACGUCGCGGGCUGGAACAUCGACUCCAUCAUCCAAGAGUAUCAAGGAUUCGCCGCUCCCAAAAUCCGAGACUGCGAUGUAUCCUACAUCACGCAGUACAAAGUCUCUAGUCUCGAAGGCCUCUUCCUCAGACGCGCACAACGACUCCGCAUCGCCAAGAAACCCUCACCUAAUGAACGCAUGUUGAAAUUCCUCAUGUUGACCGCCAUCAUCCUCUCGAUCUGGUUCACCACGUUUUUGAUUUGGUAAAGAGAAAGGAAGAAAGAAAAAUCGGAGUUUAGGGAUCUGGAUCUUCUUAUAGAAAGACAAAAAAAUUGGAGUUUGGGCAUGACUACUACUUAUAGAUGUGACAGACGGAUGGGUAUAUCUGCACUGCAUACGAUAAAGGGUGA